UGGUGUGUUUGUGUAUCGGGUGGUGCAGAAUGGGUCACAUGUAAACAAUCAGGAGGUAAAUAUGAGAAUAGAGGAGCGGGUUUUAGAUCAGAUCGGUGUUUAAUCAGGUAAAUUCACCUGUAGAUUCACCUGUACGCUGAUAUUCCUGUUAUUAAACCGGGUUUAAUUAAAGAUCAGCGCGGUAAAUCUGCGGGUUUAGAGCUGAGAGUCUUACAGAGCGGGUCUGUACCUAACCCUGCUACCAUUAUUCUAAUAUAACACAUAAUAUAACUCUUUAUUACACCUUUAUUCUCCUCUAUAAACACAAUAUCUCACUAUAAUCACUCUUUAUACACUUUAUUAAACACACUGUGAUCAUGUACUGCAGCUGAUCCGCGCUGAUUCUGUAUUAAUGUGAAGAUGACCACUCUCACCAGACAGGACCUCAACUUCGGACAAGUGGUGGCUGAUAUUCUGUGUGAGUUUCUGGAAGUGGCCAUCCACCUGAUCCUGUACGUUAGAGAAGUCUAUCCGUCUGGAAUAUUUCAGAAGAGGAAGAAGUAUAACGUACCUGUGCAGAUGUCGUGUCACCCUGAGCUGAACCAGUAUAUCCAGGACACGCUGCACUGUGUUAAACCUCUUAUAGAGAAGAACGAGGCGGAGAAGGUGGUGGUGGUGAUCAUGGAUAAAGAGCAUCAUCCAGUGGAGAGAUUUGUGUUUGAGAUUUCACAGCCUCCCCUGCUCUCCAUCAGUUCAGAAACUCUGCUGUCUCAUUUAGAGCAGCUGCUGAGAGCCGUGAUCCUGAAGAUCAGUGUCUGUGAUGCGGUUCUAGAUAACAACCCCCCAGGAUGUACCUUCACUGUCCUGGUUUACACCAGAGAAGCUGCUACCAGAAACAUGGAGAAAGUUCAGGUUAUAAAGGAUUUUCCCUGGAUUGUAGCAGAUGAGCAGGAGGUCCUGAUGCAGGAGCCCAGACUCAUCCCCCUGAAAACAAUGACCUCAGACAUUGUGAAGAUGCAGUUAUACGUGGAGGAGCGCGCUCACAAGAGCCAGCCGGGCACAGCGUGAAGAAACGAGUCUUCAGAAACUGCGAUUAAAUAAAUUCAGCGUGUGAAGAUUUAAGACGACUUAACAGCGAACAUUUCCAUUUUAUAUACAUUUAUAGAUGUUUAU